AUGUACAACAUUGACUUUUCUGAGCCACUUUGGAUUGUUAACUAUUAUCAUUUUAUUGGAAUUUCUUCUCUGUUAGGCAAUAUUUUUGGAAUAUACUUGUUAAUUUUCCAAACGAAGGAGCUUGGCGAAUUUCGAUACUAUCUGCUGCUUUUUCAGGUUGUAUGUACAGCAACGGACUUGAAUCUCACUACCUUCAUGAAAUUCUUGCCAUAUUAUCCAAUCAACGCUCUCGGAACGAUUGGAUAUUUCUCGCAAUGGUUCAAUAUGCCCACUCAUUAUUGCAUGCUAGUCAGUCUGACGUUCAUAUACUACGAGUCCGAAUGCCUAGCUCUGUGCUUCUUCCAAAAACAUCAGAAAAUCGCUAGUGUCAUCGAUGUUCAUGUGAUUCCAAGAUAUGCAAUCAUCAUCGGAUCGUUGAUAUUUUUAGCUUUUCCAGUCUAUCCGAUUAUUGCCAUGCAGAUUCUCGAUGUUGGACAGGAAAAGCAAUUGGAAUAUAUCAAAGAGAAUCUUUUCGACUACUACGCUGGAUUUUCAACUGUACCACAUUUCGCAAUUUACGUCGACUCACCACUGUUGUACAGCGUCUAUUCUGUGGUCUUGCUAACAAUGGGAGCUAUUUUCGGAUGUUUGGUGCUCGUCAACACUGACCUCAUUCGCUUGAUGGUUCGCUUGAAACCUCAAAUUUCCCAGCAAAACUACCAAAAACACGCGGAGGCAAUCCAAAGCCUAAUUGUGCAGAUGUUUGUCGCCGGUCUCUGCGCAUUGCCACUGUUCGGUGUAGCUUUCGUUCUUGCUUUUCAAAUGGAGAAUGGUCAACUUAUUGGGAAACUCAUGUUUGUGUGUUGUACCUGUCAUUCUACAAUUAACAUGAUUUCGUUGUUCAUCUUUUUUCCGCCAUAUCGAAGAUAUUUGCUCAAAAAAUUUGGAAUAAAACGACGGAGUCUCUUUCAAGUGGGCGCGUCUUCUGUGUUAAGUUGA